CUUAUGCCCCACCACUGGAAGGAAAAAUGGAGGUGCCCUCAGCAUGCUGAGCCUGCGGAAAUCUCGAGGACGAACAAGUCGAGAAACUUGCAUGCGCAAAGCUGCUGGUUGCUGCAGGAGAUGGGUGCAAGUAUGAUGACCCUCUUGGACCAUAAACUUCCGUACCGACCGGUGAAGCAGCCACAGAAAUGGACAAAAUCCUCUUCAGAUGUAUCCAAAUUCCAAUGCUUCUUCUUCCUUCGGUAAAAUAGAGAAGUGAAUAAACUCACUGCAGUCGAGUAGAGUCGAGAGAGCCCAAUUAGGUGUAGUCUGAGAUGAGCAAAAGUCAAUGAUCAUCGCUGUUUUUUGCUUUGUUUUCAUCUCACCGAGAAUCCAAUGUCAGAUUGAUGGAAGACGGACAGCUCAUGAAAGGCGUGUAAGGUACGGUGUCGUGGAUUCUUCGCUAGUCUACUCUUUUUCUUUCUUGGAUUUUUGUGCUGGUGGAAAAGACAUUGCAUGAUUGAGCUCAUCGAGUAUCUUCGAACGAUCCGAGAUGCUUCUUCGUGAUGUCACCCUGUCGACUCGCCCGUUCUCCUUCCCCCCCGAAACAUCGAGCUCUUACAGGUUAUUUUCCUAUAAAUCGAGCUUCAUUUUCUUUCAGGAGUUGCAUCUUUUUCCGAAGAUUUCUGUUUAGGUACUUGAGAAUCUUGGAAUGGGAGGGAUUCGAGGUAACUACUGUCGGUAAUCGAAGCAGAGCAAUAAUGUUUCCUGGUGGAUCCAAGCUUUAAGCGCUAGAUCGUGAGAUUUGCUGCGACACGAACGUAGAUUCGGAAGGCUCAGGAUGUUUGAUGGGAGCGUGGCAUUGUCAUACAGCGCUGUGAACUUUCCUAUCCACGUCGUGGAGGAGCUGAACAAGCACCGGAUCCAUUUUAGAUCUCGGCCGUCUUCUACCUCUUCUCUUGCUCCGAAACCAGCCUCUACAUCGUCCACCUCUGGGAAGCCUGAGCCGGUUUCGUCUCCUUCGGGGAAUGGGUACAACGGUCCUUUCUUGGACUUGUCUAACACUGUGGGUGUCCUGGGUGGGGUUUCAGCUGCUUCCACCCUCAGGUUCUUGGAGAAGCUCGUCCAAUGGAGCUCCUCGGAUGGGCAGGAGACUCCCCCCUUUGUCGUUUGCAAUAACCCUGUGCUGAACCGAGAGCUCGCUCUGCAUCAGAGCGGUUGGGACUGCUGCACGCAAUCUGCUGGUUCUAUUGUCGUGGAGAAUCUCCGUCGGGAGAGGGUCUUCCUGGAGAGGGCUGGAGCUCGUUGCAUCGCUAUGCCGUGCCACGUCGCGCACGCUUGGCGCGAUGAGAUCGCCGAGGGGUGCUCUGUGCCACUCCUCGACGCCGGUGACUGUGUCGCCAAGGAACUGAAAGCAGCAAACCUGAAGCCGGUUGAAAUGGGAAGCAACGCUCGCAUAGGAAUUCUUGCCAUGGACGCAUUAAUCGUGGCUCGGCUGUAUCAGCAAAAACUCGAAAACCAGGGUUUCGAGGUGCUGCUACCCGACAAAGCAACCAUGGAGCACAUUGUCAUCCCUGCAAGGGAGGCAUUCGACAGGGAAGACAUGGAAGGUGCAAGAAAUCUGUUGAGGAUAUCGAUUCAAGUUCUUCUGGUGAGGGCUGUCAGUAGCAUUAUUCUUGUCUCUGAUUACAUGCAUGGACUCUUACCCGCGGACGACCCACUGCUGGGGAAAUGUGUUGACCCCAUGGAUGCUUUGGUCAGAGCCACUGUACUCUGGGCUACAUCAACCGAAGAAGACAAACAGUAAGUGCAGAUGAUACAAGUGUCUUCGGAAGUGCAUUGUGCAUAUAGAAUGCCAGUUUAUGAUAUGGCCUGUUAGCACAAUAAACAUAAGAUAUUGCUUCAGAUUGUAACUGCAAAAUAUGCUAUUAAAUUAUGCACUAGUAAACAUAUAUGUGAUUUUUGUUUGUCAAACUACAACAAUGCAGUCAGAAAGAGAUGAACAGAUGCACUGUUUAUGUGUAUUAAUUUGGUUUGAUUGUUUCUUAA